CUCACCAGGCAUAUGGGUAACGACGGACGGCAAGUACAGACGGCGUGAUUUCCGGCGCCACUUGGUAGUACCUUUGCCGGAAAGCUGAUUAACUGAACUAUUCCCACUAAAUGCUACCAUUGCUCGAGUAGAGCAAGAUGGAGUUCAGGUUCUUGCUCACUCUUUCAACUCUCAUAGGCCUUUUCUCUCUAUUCAAAGCAUUGGUGGCGAUUCUGAGAUGGGUCUGGGCCUCGUUUCUCAGGCCCAAGAAGGACCUAAGGAAGUAUGGUCCUUGGGCUGUUGUUACAGGCCCUACCGACGGAAUAGGGAAGGCCAUGGCCUUUAGCUUGGCUGGUGAGGGCCUCAACUUGGUCCUAGUCGGCCGGAACCCUGCCAAGUUGAGCUCGGUCUCUAGCGAAAUCCAGCAACGGUUCGCCGCCGUCCAGAUCAAAAGCGUAGUAUGCGAUUUUGCUGAAGAUUCGGAUGACGUGGUUGAGAGAGUAGAGCAAGGGAUCAAGGAUUUGGACGUCGGCGUCUUGAUCAAUAAUGUUGGGACAACUAAUCAUCACCCUAUGUUCUCACAUGAGCUUGACCAGAAGAUGAUAGAGAGAGUUAUAGGAAUCAAUGUGGUGGUAACAACAAAGGUGACUCAUGUGGUGCUUCAAGGAAUGGUGAGGAGGAGGAGGGGAGCCAUCGUCAACAUUGGGUCUGGUUCUGGCAUAAUUUUGCCAUCUUUCCCCCUAUAUACAAUCUAUGCUGCUACAAAAGCGUACAUAGAGAAAUUCUCCAGGAGCCUCAGCGUCGAAUAUAAACCCUAUGGGAUUGAUGUUCAGUGUCAGGUUCCUUUCUUUGUGUCAACAAAGAUGUCGAACAUAAAGCCUUCCCUCUUCGCUCCCACAGCAGAGAAGUACGCAGGGUGGUGCCUGCGCUGGGUGGGGCACGACGCCGUCUGUGUUCCUUACUGGACUCACUCCGUCCAAUCGCUUGCUGCGCGCUUUCUGCCUGAUGCCUUUCUAGAUUGGUGGCUCCGUCGCUACUCCCUUGUCGUACGAGAGAAGGUCAUGAAGAAGCGGCUCUCUUCCAAGGAAUCCUGACACUAUUCUCCAAUCAGUUCAAGAGAGAUGGUCUAAGCAAUACUAUUUGGUUAUUACUAUCAACGUUAGUAUUAUUAUUGUAAUUAGCGACAGUAGUAUCGUUAUCUUGACUGGGCCUUAGACAAAUUCCUCUCUCAUAAACUUUUUCCUUUUUGCUUA